CCCGCUGAGCUGUUUUAACAUUUCUGUGGUCGCAUUGGGAGUCGAGUCAAAGUCGACAGCCAACAACACACCACCCUUGUCCCUCGUCAUCUUGUCAUCCCCCUCAUCACUUCUCUUUGUUUGUCGUUAUUGUUAUUGUGAUUGUCCCACUCUCUGUCAUCAGAUAGAUAGAUUGUGUAAUUAAACCAUGCCUGAAGCCUCUGAUUCCAACUACGCUGCCGCUACCCGUCUUCGACGUCCCUUUUCGACGGCCGGUCGUCCACCCGCAUUGGAGGUAGUGGACGAUGAGUGGGCCGCGGACAAGUUGAGCGAUGACGAAGUCGAAGUGGGACGACACGAAGCCGCCGUGGCUCCCCUCUUGGAAGAAGGAGAAUUGGAUGCCGAUGCUAUUGUCUCUCCGGCUGGCAAUUCCUCUUCGGCCGUCACGGCUGCCGAACGACGACGACGAGAAGAAGGAUGGAGUGAUUUGUCAUUGGAAAGUCUGGAUAUUAGUGGGACCGCCAAUGCCACCGCUCGGCCCAAUCGAAAUCCAGGGCAGUCCUAACUAAGGAGAUGAUGACGCUAAUUGAUACCUCCAGUCCGUUUUGUACCGUACAAAGAGACGACAAUCUGCAAUCAUUAUUGGUCGGGUACUAGUUUCUUUUAGUUGCGACGCCCAGGAUAGGUUCUGAUAAUACUGGCUACCCAUGGGAAAUCCAUCAGCACGGUAGUCGGCAAAUAGUAAGAGAACGAUAAUCUCUUUUCUUUAAAUUGGUUUGCAGCCAACAAAAUUUAUCAUUUAUUUAUCACUGAUUUACCGGAAGCUA